CCACUUCUUAGUAACCCAAAAAAGGAAAGCCACACACACACACACACACACCCUUCUCUGCGGCGUACGUGGACACAAACCACAAAAACACACCAACACACAGACUCUGUUUCUCUUUGAUUUCCGCCAUGGAAACUCACACAGACAGCUUGUGGGUUUUGGCUCUUGCUUCCAAAUGCAAAGCCCUCUCUUCCUUCAACACCCUCUUUGUCUUCCUUUCCAUCUUAUUGGCUUGGUUAGCCAUGGCCUUGCUGUACUGGGCAUAUCCCGGAGGCCCUGCAUGGGGAAAAUAUUGUUGGAGAGCCACUGGAGGAGGAGGAGCAGCUAAAACUACCAAAACCAAUCCAAUACCCGGACCUCGAGGGCUUCCACUAUUGGGAAGUAUGAACCUCAUGGCUAACCCCCUGGCUCACCGCAAGCUCGCUAUCACCGCGGAGCUGUUCCAGGCAAAGCGGCUCAUGGCUUAUAGCCUGGGUGACACCCGGGUUAUUAUGACAUGCAAUCCGGAUCUAGCCAGAGAAAUCCUCAACAGCUCCGUCUUCGCAGACCGUCCCAUCAAAGAGUCCGCUUACAGCUUAAUGUUUAAUAGAGCUAUCGGUUUUGCUCCUUACGGCGUUUACUGGCGUAACCUUCGUCGAAUUGCCGCCACCCAUCUCUUUUCACCCAAACAAAUCCAUGUCUCCCAGGAGCAGAGACUCCAAAUUGCUGCUCAAAUGGUGUCGUUGAUCUCACGCCGUUCUGUGUCAGCUGCUGAACACUUAAUCUGCAUCCGCGAUGUGCUGAAGCGAGCUUCCCUUCACAACAUGAUGGUGUCGGUGUUCGGACGCAAAUACUAUUUGGACUCUUCUAAUGCUGAGGCCGACGAGCUGGGCCGGCUGGUGGAAGAGGGUUACGAGCUCUUGGGGAAGCUUAACUGGUCCGACCAUCUUCCUUGGCUGGCUGGUUUGGACCUUCAGAAAAUUCGCUCCAGAUGCUCCCAGCUUGUCCCCAAAGUUAACCGCUUUGUCAGCCGGAUUAUUCAACAACACAGAGCCCACUCCCACGCCCACCAUCAUCCUCUUGACUUUGUAGAUGUCCUUCUCUCUCUUCCCGCAUCCGAUAACUUGUCGGACCACGAUAUGAUCGCAGUUCUUUGGGAGAUGAUAUUCAGAGGAACCGACACGGUAGCGGUUCUGAUCGAGUGGAUCCUCGCUAGGAUGGUACUCCAUCCUGAUAUCCAGUCGAAGGUGCAGGAUGAGCUGGACCAAGUUGUAGGAAGAUCUCGACCGUUGAUGGAAUCAGACAUUCAGUCAAUGGUGUUCCUGCAGGCCGUGGUGAAGGAGGUCCUGAGGUUGCAUCCUCCGGGCCCGCUUCUAUCAUGGGCACGCUCGGCAAUCACGGACACUACAGUUGAUAAUUAUCUUGUCCCUGCGGGGACCACCGCUAUCGUAAACAUGUGGGCUAUUACUAGGGACCCGCAAGUUUGGUCGGACCCACUCAAGUUUAUGCCUGAGAGGUUCAUGUCCUGCAUGGGCAGCGCCGACGUGGAGUUUUCAGUGUUGGGGUCUGACCUGAGGCUGGCUCCAUUUGGGUCGGGCCGUAGGUCAUGUCCGGGGAAGAUAUUGGGCUUGACCACCGUUACAUUUUGGGUCGGAUCCUUGUUGCACGAGUUCGAAUGGGUCCAAUCGAAUCAGAACCCGGUGAAUCUAUCCGAAGUGCUAAGGCUGUCGUGCGAAAUGGCCGAGCCUCUCACUGUCAAAGUGCAGCCGAGGCGCAGAUAAACCAAAAACAAACCCAUAAUAUUAAAAAAAAAAAAAAAAAAAAGGAAAAAAAAAGAAGAAGAAGUAAAUACGUGAGUGAAGGUGUUUUUCUAUAUAUAUAUAUAUAUAUAUAUAUAUCCUAGAAUCUUAACCCUUCCAUCUUAAUUAUAUGUUGAUCUCUGGUACUACUACUACCACUGGGAUUUUGGCAAUUAGUUAUUAUUUAUAUAUUAAGACAUGUGCUGCCUUUGUUUUUGUUAAACUAUUAGCUUGGUGAAUAGAUCCUCAUUACAUGAAUUCUAUAUCAAUCUUUUCGUUACAAA